GUUUCAGCAGAGGGAGUGGAGGCAUUUUCCUUAGUGACGUCGCAUAUACCGGCUGUUUGACUCGGAAACAGCCAUACAGCGUGAAAGAAGAAAUGACCGACAGUGACCUCGAAUGAGAUGUUGAAGACCUACCUAUUGUCUUCAUCUCUUUACAACACAUUAGCAUUUAUGUAGGAUUCUGAUAAAAACACUUGUACAUUUUGAAGCGCAUUCGAACCGUCGAGUCGUUACGCAUCUGUCUUCCGAGCGUUUACAUUUGCUACGUAAAUAAUGGAAAAUGCUGAAACAUCCGAUCAAAACGGAACGACGCACUACACGAACGGUUUAAUGAACGGAUUUCACCCUCAGUCCGGUAACGGGGACUGUAUUUCGUCUAACGGAGGUGGUCUGGGUGCUAGUGACAGUAGCGGUGGCCAUAAUGGUAUUGAAAAUUUCCACCAUCUUCAUCAGGAUGUACACAACAAUGGUUCGCCUGCGAAGCGCUGCAGACUCAGAAGACGCAUGGAUUCGGGAAAGAAGAACAGACCUCCCUUUCCAUGGUUUGGUAUGGAUAUUGGAGGCACCCUGGUAAAGCUGGUUUACUUUGAGCCCAAGGACAUAACUGCUGAAGAAGAACAAGAGGAAGUGGAGAGCCUGAAGAGCAUCCGCCGCUACCUGACCUCCAACGUGGCUUAUGGAAACACGGGUAUCCGUGACGUUCACCUGGAGUUGAAGAACCUCACCAUGUGUGGCCGCAAAGGCAACCUGCACUUCAUUCGGUUCCCCACUCAAGACAUGCACCGCUUCAUCCAAAUGGGCAGAGACAAGAACUUCUCCAGCCUGCACACCACGCUGUGCGCCACGGGUGGGGGUGCAUACAAGUUUGAGGAAGACUUUAGAACGAUUGCUGAUUUGGAGCUGCAGAAGCUGGAUGAACUAGACUGUCUUAUUCAUGGUCUGCUGUAUGUUGACUCAGUCGGGUUCAAUGGCCAUCCCGAGUGUUAUUUUUUCCAAAAUCCCUCUGACCCUGAAAACUGUGUCAAGAGGCCAUUUAGCCUGGAGAACCCCUUCCCUAUGUUGCUGGUAAACAUUGGCUCGGGGGUUAGCAUCCUGGCCGUCUACUCCAAGGAUGAUUACAAGCGGGUCACGGGCACCAGUUUAGGAGGUGGUACGUUUCUAGGCCUGUGUUGCUUGCUGACCGGCUGUGAUACAUUUGAAGAGGCCUUAGAGAUGGCGACUAAAGGGGACAGCACAAAUGUGGACAAACUGGUGAAAGACAUUUACGGUGGCGAUUAUGAACGCUUUGGUCUCCAGGGUUCUGCCGUUGCAUCCAGUUUUGGUCAUAUGAUGAGCAAGGAAAAACGUGAUAGUAUAAGUAAAGAGGAUCUGGCCAGGGCCACUCUUGUCACAAUCACAAACAACAUCGGCUCCAUCGCCCGUAUGUGUGCAGUGAACGAGAAUAUCGAUAAAGUGGUUUUUGUUGGGAAUUUCCUUCGGAUCAACACUGUAUCAACUAAGCUGCUAGCCUAUGCCAUGGACUUCUGGUCUAACAGUCAACUGAAAGCCCUUUUCUUAGAACAUGAAGGAUAUUUUGGAGCUGUUGGUGCCUUCCUAGAGCUACUAAAGAUGACUGAAGACUCCUGAGACACUGAGGAAAACCCAACCUGCAAACCAGAAGCUGCUGUAAGAUUUCAGGAAAGCCACAUCCUCUAAUAAGAAAAAGCCAUUUAAUAAUAUGACCGAGUUUCCGUUUCCCCUCAAAUCAUCGACACGACGGCCCUUCUAUGCUUGUGACAGAAGCAGGUGACCAAGAGGAAAUUACGCAACAACAACGCACUUUCAGUGUGUGAUGAGCUGCACCUCAUGUUAACUAUGCCUCAUCACUGCUUCUAUAAAUCCAGCACAGCUUUGGCUUUGCCGUUUAUUGAUAUUUUGAGUGGAAGAUGAUUUAGGACACUAAUUAUAAUGCCUGUAUACUCCCUCUACACCCUGUUUGUGAGCUUUAUGAAAAUAAUUGUGAUAAACAUGUGUAAAGGGUUUGGAGGUGAGUAUUAUGUUUAUAAGUGGGACAGUAUAAAAACAACCUUCCCCUCUAAACAAAUCAUGCUUGGAACCGCAAAUCAGAUUUAUCAUUCAUUAACCAUAUAGACGAGCAGUCCUUAAAAGUCAUUUAAAUGGGACUUUGCUCUCCCUGUUCUUGUCACAUAUGAGCAUUCAUCAUAUCUGGAUUACAUUAAAAAUGCUAAUUUGUAUUACUAAGCGUAAAAUCAUUUUGGACACUAAAGCGUGAGUCCAAGUUCAUAUAUCUGACAUCUUUUAAUACAGCAAAUUGAAUUUCAGUACUUUUUCAAUUACUUACAGAAUUAGCAAAAAAUCAUUAGGUAGACCUGUUUUAUCUUCAUUGGGCCUUGUAUAAUUAGCAGAUUGUUGACAUGAGUAGCUGUAGUUUCUAAGAUAUCUUUACCUCCUUUUAACUGGUCUGUCUAACAAACAGUGAACAUAUGCACCUGAGCUAAGACUGAUUGUGUCGGGACCAAAUUGUUAAUAUUGACUGGAAAACAGUAUCUUCAUCAGAUGGAGAAUUCUCAUAGUUCACUACAUACAGGAAGUCCUUUCUUACCAUGAAGAAUUUUAUUUGGUUUUAAAGUCCCUAAUGCCAAUAUUUCUCUGAUCUGAAUGUGUUAACAGUUUACCCUGUGUAUAUACACUGUAGUAUAUAAUGUUUUUUGUUUUAUUAUUUAAUUUAACAUUUGCACAAACCAUCUCUUGUCAUAUUCAUGCCAUUAUGCAGUGAUGUCUCAAGUUUCAUUAGAGACUGCUAACCAAGACUUAUAUAUAUAUUUACUGUCAAACCUCCUUGCAAAUGCCUUCAUCCUUUAAACAUUUUCAGCUUAAACAUUGUCUGUUGGUUAAAAUAUUUUGCCUUUUUUCUCACGUAUCAACGUGAGGAUCUCUAACUUUAUGCCUAAACACCUUUUAACUGUUGAUGUAUUAAUACUGUACAGCUGGGUCUGACUGUGAACUGUGAAGGUUAUUGUUCAGAACCCGAUGUAUGUUAAAUAUGUGUUCCUGAAGCUGGAAUCAUAAAUUCCAAAAUAGUUAUUCCAGUCACUAUAAUCUGUCUAAAUAUGUCGGAUUAGAAACAUAAGCACUUCCAAGAAAAAAAGUAUUGCCUUUCCCUCUCUUUGAGCCACAGUAUGACAGCAAUUACUUUUCUACUAAUUGCAUUUUCUCAUUUGGCUUCAGCAGUGUAAAUAUGUACUCAAGACAUUAAAUCCUUUAUUUUUUACAUCACUGAUAAACAGUUUUCAAGCUUGUAAUUUGUAGGGUUUUAAGAUGAUCAUCAUGAAUGCAAGCAAGACCAAAACUUCUUUGAGGAAGUAAUUGUGGAUUAAGAAUAAUACCAUAAUCUAAUUUUUAUUGGAGGAUUGACCAUCAAAAAUAAUCACCUAUUGUGCGUGUACUCAACCUACUACAUGUUCAUCAGUUACUGUAGCUCAACAACAGACCUGUGCUAAUAUGAAAGUGUCUUCUAGCUGCUUGUAAUUUAUGUAACAGCACAUUAAGUGCAUUGCCUCUAUGUCUUUUCCUUCUCUCUGUUGAUUCAUGCUUUACUUCCUCUGCUCAGUCCUUAGAAUUGCCUUAUGCAGUGGGGUGCCAUUUUGUCUUUGGAUGACUGGAUUAUGCACAAUGGCACCCCAACAUCUCUCUGAGCCACAAAAGUAACUUCCAAGUAUUAUGGGGUGCCUUUUAAUGGAGACAAGGCUUUAUCUCUGUAUCCUGUGUAUUGUCGCUAAUGCUAAAUCCAGAUGUCACUGUGUACAUUAAUCCUUAACAGUGUAUUUGUUUUCAGUUUCUUUUGAGGGGAGGGGGGAUUUCUUUUUCCUAUGCCACAGCAGACUGAAUGCAUGUGUCGGUACAUUGUAUUUUAACUGAGUCAAUGCAAAGCAUGUAAGCGAUUUCUGAACAGGGGUGACAUUUCCUUGGAUGGGUCGCACUUGGAUGAAUCGCUCAAUCUAAGGUAGUCAAAUUGCCUUUUUAUCAGGUUUUGUUCUUGUAAACCAGAUCAUAUGUCAAUGCAUGUUCAUUCUUUGCUCUAUUUGAAAAAUUGUACGAAACCUUUCUCUCCUUUCAUAAAUGUAUUCUGUCUGCCCCAAACUGUACAUGUUUGAUGCCCAGUUUUCAGGAAGCAUGUUCUAAAUUGUAAAUGCUGAAUUGCCAUUACAACUGAAUUAUAAGCUUUUUCUAGAGCUAAAUUGUCUUUAGAAAUCAUAUCAUUUUAGAUAAUUAGAUGUUAAUAUUCCAUGCUCAUAUUAAUGACCUCAAUCUCCUGACAAACUUGUCUGAUGUAUGUGAUCUGAAUGAGUAUAAUUCCAAACUAAAAAAAUUAACUUACGUUUCAGCACACAUAUGAAUCUCAAACAGAAUCACUACACAAAUUUUAAGUGUAACAUUUGAUGUUGAUCGUACAGGAACCCCUGAUUUACUUGCACCUCAUAAGGAAUAAACUGAUCACGAUACUAGCUCUGAAAUUCAUGUCACUAAGAGAUUUUAUAUUGGUUUUGAGUUAUAUCAUGUGAAAAGCUAACUUCAUUUGUCAAUAAACUAUUUUGUAAAUAUCUAAUAAAUGUGUUCUUUGUGGGAAA